UUUCAGUUAAAUUGUUUAGUUCUAAAACUUUUGGCGGUUAGUCAUUUCCCAUCCCAUGUUUAUUGCUAAUACGUACUAAAACUGCAUAAAUAAUGGCUGAAAAAUUGGAGGACUUAAAUCUCCCUAUGACUGUAGUCACAAGGAUAGUAAAAGAAGCCUUACCGGAGGGAGUUUCGAUAUCAAAGGAGGCGCGAACAGGACUCGCGAAGGCAGCAUCAGUUUUCGUGUUAUACGUGACUUCAGCAGCUACAAAUAUAGUGAAAAAUAAGAAAAGAAAAGCUUUGACGGGUCAGGAUGUGUUGGAUGCCAUGAAGGAUAUAGAAUUCGACAGAUUUGUGGAGCCUCUCGGUGAAUCUUUAGAACAAUACAAGCAGAUGGUUUCUGCCCGAAAAUCUGGAGCUGGUAAGAAGAAAGAUGAAGGGGAAGAAGUAGAGGUUAUAGAGGAUGAAUGAUGUGACUCCUGACUGAUAGUGAUAUGUGUAUUUACCACCAAAAGCCAGUAAAAUGUCCCUUCUGUGUUGGGACCUUGGCAACAGUGAUUGUAACGUGAGCUAGCCUAUAUUUUAUAAGUUUAUUUUUAAGAAACUCUUAAUAAAUUGUGUUGAUGCUGAA